UGGAUGCUUUACUGGGUGAGGAGGACUAAACACAACAUGUUAAUCAGUUAGGCAUGCAUAAGUGCGGUUUUUAUGCUGGACAAAGCGGGUAGUGUUUUGGUUUUGCCACUGGGAAAUCUUCUAUCUUUAAUUAAGGGAGUUUUUGUUCUAAACCAAAAUCAUGUUCACAUCCUACAUAAAGAAUCUGAAUGAUAUGGUAUUUUCUACGUCUGAGACCCCUGAGGAGCAGCCAAGCACUGGGGUCUUGGGCCGAAUUGGGAGCUGGUUCUCUCCGUGGAGAGGAAAGAGUCCGAAAAGUCCUUCUGAGAAUGCCUCCCCAACCAGCGACCAGGUUUUUAAGUCAGACGGAGAAGAGGAGCAGAGUGAGGAGUUUGUGAGAGCAAAAGGAGAGCCACAGGAGCAGGAGGAGAAUCAACAGAUCUCCAGAAAUAUUUUCUUCUGUGAAGGUGAGGACGCCACGCAGUCUGCCCACAGAGACGGCUCCACUGUGAGCAGCACUGAGACAGCAGGAGGAGGUCCAAAUGAGGAGGAGUCUGCGGGGUGUAGGAAGAAGAGAACAAGGCAGGGCAAGGAGAGGGAGGAGAGCAGCAACGGUACUUCAGAGAGCGGGAAUCCCGAGAAGAAUGCCAGCCAUCUGACACAUCUCUCUUCUCCUUCUGAGCAAGGAGUGUUACAGGACUCUGGCCGAGCCCUGAGACAAGCACAGGCACAGACAGGCAAGAGGCUCCAUGUGUACCUGGAGGAGACCAGCGUGAUUCACUGUGGCAACGACGCCGGCGCUGCACAGGAGGUCGUCACUAAAGUCAAGACAAGCUUACAAGUUCUCCCUAAGGCGAAGUCAUCAGAGAGUUUUGAAUUGCCGAGAAGCGCUGAGAACAAAAGGACAUAUGUUACGCCCGCGGAUGGGGCACAGAAUUAUUACAGUGCCCUUGUGGGAGUGUCACUAAAAUCACACAAAGACUCACAGUUAGAGCCAGAACCUGAUCAAAAACAAACAGAGGAAGGCGAAAGUAUGGGGCGGAAAAACUCAGCCAAAAGAAGAUACCGGAAAAACUCUCAGGGAGAUGGAGCGACCAGCCCCCUUCAGGAAAAAAAGCCUCCCAGUGCUGCCUCAGAGGGAUUCCCUUCAUCAGAUAAAACAGUGACCAGUCCUCAGGGCAAUAGUCCAAACUCUCACAUGGGUGAGUUGUCUGUAAACUCCUCCUCCUCCUCUAAGCACAACCCCUCCUCUCAGGCCUCACCUGAAGGUGGGGAAGGUAAGACUGCAGUCACCCAGCUGGAUGACUUCCAGGACUCAAACUCCACCGUCACAGCAGCCACUAUGACGAGCGCGGUGGAUGGAGGAGCAGACAUGGAGGACGAUGACAGUCUUUACAAAGUAGAGAGGAAAACAGAAACGCCUGAAUCCAAACGUAGGAGUCUUAAAGUUUCCCGCAGUGAGGUGAAGUUCUUUCCUAAAAACGUGCCGUUGAAAUCCACGCAAAGUGCAGCAAGUGAGACCCAGAAUUUCAGGUUGACGCUUAAAAAUACCAUAGAUGAAGCAAAGGAUGAAGCCAAAACAGAGACUGACUCAAGGCAGCACAACCUUAAGAAAAUUGACGAGGAGCCCAAGCCAGUCGCCGGCAGGAUUGCAGAUAAAAUCAACCUCUUUGAGCACCCAGCAGGCGGGGACGGCAAGCUGACCUUUAAAACUCCAAGGAGUACAGACGUCUCUCCAGUGAGGACAGCCACAGAGCAGCUGAAAGCAAACUUUUCAUCAUUGGACCAGCGGUCGAGAUCAGCUGAACGCUAUAGUCCGGCUAGGUCGAGCUCUGCAUCACCUGUGAGGGAGAAGCCAAUGACGAUCAAGGAGCGAAUGAAGAAUUUGGCGGAGGCAUCUAAAUCAGGGGAAAGGCCAGCGCUGCCUCAGAAGCCUGAAAUGACAAGAAUGCCUAAAAAAUCCACCUCAAAGUCACCAGAACUGGACAAUCAGGGUAAACAGGAUGCCAAAGAGCAAAAACAGACAGAGGCAAAAACAGAGAUAACAUCACAACCAGAUGGACAAGAUGUAACUGAUGCAGGUGUAAAGAUUUCCACUACUAAAGAGCAACUAACAGAGUCUAAAACAAAGGACACGGUGGAUCAGAGUAUGAAAACAGCCGAUGAUACAGAACUGACUAUUAGCCUCAGCCCACAGUCUAAAGGUAGAACCCGCUCUAAAAGAAGAAAAAGUAGGGAGCCAACCAGUCCUCUGAGCCCAAACAGUGAACACAAAUUAGACUCUACAGCCAAGCUGGAGGUCACGACUCUCACACCAGAAGAUACAAAAGCUGCUGCUGCAUCCAAAGAAAAGCCAUCAGACAAACAGAAACUGUUUAAGGAUGAUUUAAAGGAGUCAGAAAAACAGAAGAAACAAUUGGAUUCUUCUUUCAAAAAAAGGGAGGAAAAAGACAAACUCAUCAGGCAGGAGGGAUCUGCUGAACCAUCUGUCAGCAAAAAAGAACCUGAUACUGAUGCUUCCAGCAGUGAAACAAAGACACCUAUUGAUAAGGAGUUGGUUAUUUUACCCAAAAAAGAGGAGAAGGAAGGGGGAUUGUCCACCCAGAAGGGGGAAAAGGCGGCCGAGGACAGCAGGAAAAUGUUAACCUCCUCCCCACCUGCAUCAAAAGGACCCAUUAAGAAAGAGCCACCUGUUGAACACAGCAAAUUAAAUAAAGACCUGUCCAUACAAUCUGAGCCAAAGAGUAAGGGCAAGGUAAAGGAAUCCAAUAGAGAGGAGACGGACCAGAAAGCUGAAUCCAAAAGCAAGGACGCAAAGCUAAUUAAGCAGACUGAAAGCAAAGAUGUGGGAAUAUUAGAAAAGGUAGGGAUUGAAAAGGCAAAACAGGCUGAGGGUAAAGAAAAUGACAAAGUAGAGACUGAAAGGAGUGAAAAAAUACAACAGACUAACAAGGAAAAAGAACAAUUAGAAAGCAACAAAACAAAAAAAGUAGGUAGAACUGAGGGGAAAGAUUUGGAAAAAGUUCAAAGUGAACAAAAAAAUCAGAUUAACACAAAAGACGAAGAAAAAACACAGCACUCUGAUAAAAACAUCACAAAGCCAGAGGUUUUGGGUAGUAGGCAAGGUUUCCCAGGGAAGGAUGGGGCCUUUGUUAGGAAAGAUGAAAGCAGAAAUGUUCAAAGUAAAAAGGAAACUCAGCUCAUCCAAGACACAGCGAAACCAGAAACCAAGCAACGAGAGGAAACCUCAGUAAAGACAUCAAAAGUCCCUGCUCAAACACAACAUGAGGGACAAAACAAGUCUACACAUCCUCAAAAAACUGGCGAUGGCACUGUCACCCACACCAGUGAAGCUGCAAAUAUAAGCAAGAGUGAUAAAGGCCCAUCAAAGGGGGAAACAGAGACAAAUGUGCAAAAGAACUCCACAGAAAGCUCUGGAAAAGACACAGAGCCAGCGCUUACCACAAAGCUUAAUUCUGUACCCAUGGAAAAAUUUGAAAAUUCACUGGAUGACUCAUGUGCACAUGGACCUAAUGAUGCUACACUCUCCAGCCCAAAGCCUAUUACCAGAGCAGCUACAGCCGAUGAAGAAGUGACUACAAAAGCCAGUAAUGACACUCCAGCACUGAUUACUGCACGGGCUGACACCAUGGUAGAGAAAGAGUGUCCUGUGUCUGAAUCUGUGAGCAGUGAGAAAGAGGGGAAAGACAGUAGAGAGAAGAGUUUGGCUGUCAGAUUAGUGCCCUCAGAAGAGAAGAUCUCAGGGGAUGAUGCAAAACAUUCCCAGAGACACCCACUGGGCGAGGAAUCAAAAAACACAGAAAGCACAAGGGAUGUUACACCACUCAAGGGCUCAGAAAAAAAGGAUCAGAUGUCCUCGGAUAGCACUGUUUCAAACUCUACAGUUAAUGUGGUACAGAAGACAGCUGAGAAAACAAUCCACACACCAAAGACUGAUCCUGUUGCUAAUGGCAGACUGAACACAGUCACAAAGCAACCCUUCGAUACGAAGCUGAGUCAAUCCCCAAAAGCGCCCAUUUCACCAGAGAUCAAGAAGCAAGUACAAGAAUUAACCCAGCGUUCACCUGUGAAGAAGCUUCAGUUCCCUUGUGGGCUAAGCAAAGAUGAUUCCUCAAGUCAAGACGCCCCCUCCAGCUGGCUGGAUGUGGACGUGCCAAAGCGGAAACUCAAAGUCUCAAUACCUAAACUGACCUCGGCUGGAAGUGAGAGCAACCUUCUGGACACCCCAGAUGACCUAGAUGAUGAUGAUUUUGUUGAGAGAAUUAAGAAACUGUGUGCCCCGUUCUCCCUCCCACCACGCAAACACAACCCAUUCAGGCCACCUCAGCCACCGUUUGCCAUGCCCGCUAUCAAGGAGGACCGCUUUGAGAAGACGUUUGACCCUGAAGAGUUUAAAUUUGGCUUAAGGAAAAAGAAGCAGUUCACAAUAGAUACAUCCCCAAGUACCUUAGCCAAACUAGAGGAAAAACCAGGCCCAAAGGUGGCUAGAGCAAGUUUGGCUGACAGGAGCCUGCUGCUCAGUAGCCUAGACACUCAUUCUCGCCUCAGGGAGAAGACCCCGGUCAAUGAAGACGAGGAUGCAAAGGAAGAGAAAGACGACCAGAUCAAGUGGAAAUCUCGCUUGGAGGGGAGCUGUGUCCUUAGCAGCUUAAGCUCCUCCAUCCUCAGAGGAAAGAGAUUUCAAGCCCAAGCAGAAGGCGCCAACUCUGGGGAGGUUUCGCCAAGCGAGUCGCCCCAGAGGAGCCCCCCACCUUUAUCCCAGCCACCCCCACCAAGCCCAACUGCUGCAGCUCCACUCACAGACACGCUGGCCAGGCAGAGCCCGGCCCCCAGCAACAAAGAGGAAGCCCAGGCUGGGGAGGCUGUGGUCAGUGAUUCAGCCCCUCCACUUCCCUCCUUUAACGACAUCAAGCUGCCAGACUAUUUAGAGAAGUACCUCCCUCGAGAAGCAAAACCAGAGCAGAACAAACAAGGACAAGAGCAAAUCAGAGCAGAGGCAAAUGGACUAAUGAAGGCUCCAGCCCCUGUUGUUGAGGCAGAUAUGACUACAAAACCAGGUUUAGGGCUUUCUGAUGCCGUGCCUCCACGUUUCCCUGGGAUUCCUCCACCCACACACUCUGCACUACCUGAGCUUAAGCAGCCUCUAGCUCAGCCACAGAGAAUGCUAAACAAUAUUACAAGAACCCCCAAAGGAUUUCACAAGCGCCCUGGAAAGAUGGUGUUAUUUGAGAAAGCUCAGUUCAGUGGCCAGGCGUUUGAGAUUUACAGGGACCUAGCAGAUGCUACCUCUCUGCAGCUCUCACCUCUCAUAUCUGUGAAGGUGGUAAGAGGAUGCUGGGUCCUCUACGAGAAGCCUGACUUUCAGGGACGCUGCAUCGCUCUGGAGGAGGGGGGCAUUGAACUGACAAAUAUGUGGGCUGAACCAGUGCCUGGAACAGAACCACAGAACAACCCACCAAUGCAUAUUGGAUCCAUUAGACUGGCUGUUUCGGAUUACAGCCUCCCCCAUAUCGAUCUGUUUACUGAACCAGAGGGCCGCGGCAGAGUAACACCAUACCACGACGACACCAUCGAAACAGGCUCGUUUGGCAUCCCGCUGAACACCGCCUCCAUCCAAGUGCACUCUGGGGUGUGGCUGGUAUUCAGUGACCCCGGCUUUCAGGGAAUGGUAGCUGUGCUUGAGACUGGUGUGUAUCCCUUCCCCGAGACCUGGGGCUUCCCAUCGCCAUUUGUCGGGUCAAUUAGACCACUAAAAAUUGGUGGGUUUAAAGUGGAAAAUCCAAGCGAAGUCAAGGCUGUGGUGUAUGAGAAGCCUGGCUUUGAGGGCUCCUGUUUGGAAUUCGACAAUGAUGUUUUCAGCUUUUGUGAGACCGAAGAAGACGAUGCUGAAGAUGGAGUAAACCCAGACACAAAGAAAAUCAAGUCUGUGGGUUCUUUAAAGAUCAUCGGAGGACUAUGGGUGGGCUACAGCCACCCUGGGUUUGAGGGUCAGCAGUUCAUCCUGGAGGAGGGAGAGUACCUGGACUGCACUGAGUGGGGGGGCUCGGAGCAGCUCCUGUCACUAAGACCAAUACUGGCUGAUUUCUUGUCUCCACAUCUCAAAAUGUACAGGGACAGAAACUUUGGAGAACUUGGUGUCAACAUUGACCUCACGGUGCCUGUUAUCAACAUGGAUGACACGGGCUAUGGCAUAAAGACACAGUCCAUUGACGUCGUUAGUGGUGUAUGGGUUGUAUUUGAGGAGCCAGGCUUUUGUGGUGAGUCCUACAUCCUGGAAAAAGGCCUGUAUGGGAGCCCAGAGGACUGGGGUGCAGUGAAACCCAGAGUAGCUUCAGCAAUGCCUGUUGUGCUGGAUGAUUUCGAGAAUGCAGCCAAGUUUAAGGUGCAGCUUUUCUCUGAUCCUGGCUUUCAAGGUACCGUCCUUGUGCUUGAGGAUAGCGUGGCCUCCCUGCAGGAUGGUUUUUCUGUGGCUUCGUGCAAAGUCCUGGCCGGCAGCUGGCUGGCAUUUGAGGCUCAGGACUUCAGUGGCAGGAUGUACGUCUUAGAAGUGGGAAACUACCCAGACCUGAGAGCAAUGGGCUGCUUCAACACCAGCGCCUCCAUCCUUUCACUACAAAUAACUGGAUUUGAGUUCUCACUGCCUUCCAUCACAGUUUUCGAGCGGGUCGGUCUGCGGGGGAAGAGGGUGGUGCUGACUGAUGGAUCGGUCAACCUUCAGCUGGCUGGAGGCUGCAGCAGAGUUCAGUCGGUGCUGGUGGAAGGAGGGAUGUGGGUGUUGUAUGAGGAAAUCAACUAUCGGGGUGCUCAGAUUCUGCUGAAACCUGGUGAAAUCCCCGACUGGCGCCAGUUCUGCAACUGGAGGAAAAUAGGCUCCCUCCGCCCUCUACUACAGAAACAAGUGCACUUCCGCAUCAGGAACAGACAGACGAAGCUCAUGAUGUCACUUACCGGAGAUUUGGAUGAUGUCAAACUGAUGAGGAUCCAAGAAACAGAGGAGACUGAUGGAUUCGAGCAGAUCUGGUUCUAUCAGAACGGGCAUCUCCACUGCAAGAUGCUGGAGGAAUGCUGCCUGUGCCCCAGUGGUAGCGUCACCAUGGCAGGAAGCCGAGUGGGUCUCACCCCAGAGCUACAGAACCAAGUCCACCUGUGGAGCAUCACACCUGAGGGCUUCAUCAGGUACUCGCCAAUGCCUGAUCUGGUCCUGGAAGUCAAAGGUGGCCAUAACUAUGACAAAAACCAAGUGAUUCUCAACACACUUGACCCUCAUAAACUGCACCAAAGGUGGGAUGUGGAGAUCAUAUGAACACAUAUUUGUUGCUCAGACUCUCAGAGGCACAGGUCAACGACAGGCUCUGCAGUACGGCUGCUAAGGACAAAGAGAACUUUUGAAACUCUUACGAGGAAGUCAAGAAAGAGAAAUGGAAACUUCAGUAAGAAUGUACAGCUGCAGACCAAACACAAGUGAAAUCUGACUUUACUUAUUUCACUGUUUACCAGCAGUAAAAAUUUAUUUUUGACUUUUUUAAAUACAUCUGUUUGCCUGUUGUUAAUUAACUUGAACAGUGUUAGCAGUUUUUCAUAUAUUUUUAUGCAUUGUUGAAUUAUAUAUUUUAUGAAAUGUAACUGUUGUUGAGCUGCAUGCAACAUGACGAUGCAAAAAGUGUCUUUGAAACGUGUCUUUUUUUCUUUGUUUAAUCAAAACUAGACAGCACACAACUCUUCUGUUUUCAGAGUAAUAAAAGUAUUUUUGUCAAUAAAUUUCUUAAAUAGA